AUGCACUCCAUUCCUCCUCCUCGCAACUUCCUCGUCCUCUCUGCCGCUAGCUCGGCCCCUUACGAUCCAAGCAAGAAGUUCCUUGUCUUGUCGCCCACCGAGUCUGGUCCGGACCCUCGUGCCUAUGAUGAGCAGGUCCUGACCGAUUCCAACGAGAAGAACUCUGACUUUGAGUCUUCCAUCCACCGCUCUAACAGCACUUCUUCUGCUUCGUCAGAUGAUUCUCGAUUCGACGAUGUUGCUGCCACAUUGCCCAACGGCUUCCUCUACCUAGGCCACACAUCCAGACGAUCUUCCCAGUGA